CAAUAAUUAUUUCCUGUUUGUUCUCAACACCAUUGCUUCCUUUGAUAGGAUCUUGUUCCCCUCCUUUUUUUGCCAAGUUGUUCAACUUUGAGUUAACGAUACAGAUACGAUGGCUUCUCUUCGAUCUAUCAAGCUCACCAAUCGCUCUCCAAGGCAACCGAUCAAGAACCUUCCACAGUCGAUUGAGGUCGACCCUGAUACCACUGUUGAAGGACUCAAGGUCUUGAUUGCAAAGGAAACCAAGCUCGGAGACUUUAAUCGCAUCGGAAUCUAUGAUCCUACCACGAAAAAGACCCUCAAGAACCGCAAGGCUCGCCUCGUCGAUGAGCCCGCCGUGGUUUCCACUGGCGAGGUUCUCGUGAAGGAUAUGGGCUAUCAAAUCGCUUGGAGAACCGUCUUCGUCGUCGAGUACUUCGGACCCAUCAUCUUCCACGCCCUCGCUGUCGCUGCCCGCCCGUACAUCUACCGUAAUGGAGACGGCGAGAUGUCUCAAACCCAAUGGAUCACCUUUGCUAUGAUCAUGCUACACUUCUUCAAGCGCGAGUAUGAGACACUCUUUGUCCACAAGUUCUCUGCCAACACAAUGCCCUGGAAGAACAUCUUCAAGAACAGCUUCUUCUACUGGGCUGUCUCUGGUGUUCUCUGUGCCUACUCCAUUUACCACCCCAACUCCCUUGCAGCCAAGGCCGACAUUCCUGCCAUUGAUGCCAUUGGUGUUGCUCUCUAUUGCUUUGGCGAGCUCAUGAAUGCCCUUGUUCACCAAUAUCUUUCGAGUCUGCGUUCUACUGGUGGCACUGAGCGUAAGAUCCCCGUUGGUUAUGGUUUCGGCAUUGUCACUUGCCCAAACUAUUUAUAUGAGGUGCUUGCAUGGAUCGGAGUUAUCCUUGUCAGCCGUGACUGGACCGUCGCUUUCUUUAUCUCUAUUGGUGCUGCACAGAUGAUUAGUUGGGCCAAGGGUAAGGAGCGCGCCUAUCGCAAAGAGUUCGGCGACAGGUACAAGAAGAAGAGAUACGUCAUCUUCCCCGGUCUUCUCUGAGAAGGAGUAAAUUUACAAACAGCUAUUUCGGCAGGCAUAGAUCAGGAGACGCAUCAAUAUAGAGGCUAUCAUGGGCUACACCAUAGGUAACAAAAGGCGGUUCGGAUCGGAGUAGAUCUGGUGGAUACUCAGUAUUAGACUAUCAUGCUAUAGCAUUGUUCAAUAAUGAAUGGUUAUCAUAAAAUCAUAUACCGCGGAUGCCAGUUCCCUGGUCCCAUAAUGUACUCAGAAUGGUCGUGACUCAUCACUCGCUCGGUGAUCUUCUCAUCGUGAAAUCGUUGACAUAGAAGCCGUAUCUGAUCCCUUAGCCCCCUUUCCCACGCUGGAGUCUGCCUCCGUCAAGCUCCUACUAGCAUCGGAAAACGUACCCGGCGCAUGGUUCUCCGUAUCGAUAUCCAUCUCAACACCGAGCGUUUUACGCCCUUCAACAUCCGUGCCCCUCUCUUCUUGGCCAAGCUUCAUGGCCCGCUGGUCCUCGUCCACAUCACCGCCGUCACUCUCACUCCCAGUAUAGCUUCCACAUUCGCUGCAGCUACAGCUACGAUCGGUAUUUGCGAGUCUGACAGUCUCCUCCAGGACGAGAAAGUCGCGCUCCAGCACCUCAGCCCAGUUCUGCACGUUACCGAGCUCCUUUAGCCUCCGCGACGCAGCGUCUGCCUCCCGCGCAAGCUUAACGUUUUCACGACGCAGUCCUUCAGUCGCCCGCUGCACAUCCUGCGCCUGCUUGCUCAGCGCCGCAGCGUUGGAAUGCAACGUAGAUGCGCGCCAUUGCAGCUCAGAGUCCAUCAUGUUCUCUAGCGUUGCGACGACAGCGCGACGUGCUUCCGCUACGUGGCGCUGUGUCUCGGCCGACGGAAGCGUGGGCUGUAGUUGCGGAGGAGGCGGCGAAGUCUGCUGCGCUGCGGAGGGGAUUUGUGCGUGAGCAUGGGCAUGGGCGACUGACGGAGAUGCGAUCGUGGGAGGAGGAGAUGUCGGCGGGCGAGGAGAUAAUGAAGAAGAGGAAGAAGAUGAAGAGCCUGUGGCUGUGGCUGCGGCUGAAGUGCUGGGCUGAUGAUAAGUAGCCGAAGAAGCAGCUGCUGUUGACAUAGUGCGCUAGAUGCCAGUGGAAUAUUGAUGCACUUUACAGUAAUUGGUUUAAAGACGAAAUAAGAGAUGUAGCUUCGCCGUUUCACGUUGCUCAUACUUACACUGCAUGUUGGUGGGGUCGAGUUACACCUGGUCUCGUUGCGGCUGAUGGCCAAGAUCAUGGGAUCUGACUCUCA